ACUCUGGAAUAAAGAGACAUUUGAUCACCUCCUGGGACACUUGGGCUCACCAGCAGCCAGGGAAAUGGGGCUCUUCCUGACUUCUGGCUACAACCUGUUCACGCAGCCGGUGCCGGACCCGUCUUGGAAGAACAUCGUCCUGGGGUUCAGGAACUUGACACCAAAAGAGCUGGAACUCUUCCCUGGCUACAGCUGGGGCUGGUUCCACACGGCGUUGAUGCUGGAGUGCCAGAGGUACCUGCCCUGGCUCACUGAGAGAUUAACGCAGAGAGGAGUGAAGUUCUUCCACAAGAAGGUGGAAUCUUUCCAAGAGCUCUUUGCCCAGGGUGUGGAUGUGGUUGUGAACUGCACGGGGGUGCGUGCUGGGGAGCUGCAGCCUGACCCCGAGCUCCAGCCUGGCCGUGGACAGGUCAUAAAGGUCCUGGCGCCGUGGGUGAAGCAUUUCAUCAUCACUCACAACAUGGGAUCUGGUAUCUACAACUCACCAUACAUCAUCCCCGGGAGCCAGUUCACCAUCUUGGGAGGGCUCAAUCAGCACGGCAACUGGGACGAAGAAAACAGCGCCCAGGAUCACAGCACCAUCUGGGAGAGCUGCUGCAGGCUGCUCCCGGCCCUGCAGGAGGCCGAGGUGGUGCAGGAGUGGAGCGGCCUGAGACCCACGCGGCCCCGGGUCCGCCUGGAGCGGGAGAGCGUCUGCCGCGGGCACGAG